UUUCUUAAAAUGCAUUCGCUUUAUGCACCGCACGCUCCGUUGAAUCUUACCUUGUAGGUAUUGAUGAGGUGCAUUUAUCUGACUUUUCGCUUCCCUCGCGUUUUUUUGUACUGUCAAGGAAAUCAUACGUUUACAAAAAGAAAAAAAGAAACUAAGUGAUAAAUAGUUUUUAUUUGUAACAUAGGCAGUUUUUUUAUUCAUAUGGAAAGCACAAGUAAUACCUUGAGAGUAUGGCUAAUGGUGUUCAUCGAUUUGUUAAAGUGACUGUUGCUCAGGAUAUAAACUAUUACACCAUCAAAGUGAAAAAUAAAGUAAGCAAGAGGCAACUGUGAUAUGCAUAGUCACAUUAAUCAAGUGGAUAGCUUAUCACCAACAUGUUUGGGUGUCCUAGAGAUGCUGUUAGAGUCAAAGUCAAGAAAUGUGAAAACAAACAUGAUCCAGAAUACAGAAAGUUUAGCGUGGAUCCCCAAAUAACAUCUAUUGAGGUUCUGCAGAGCAUUUUAAUAAAAGCAUUUGACAUCAAAGGAGAGUUCACAGUUUCAUACAGAGCAAUAGAUGAUUAUGGUGCAGAAACUUAUUUAUUUUUGUUAUCAGAUUGGGAUUUGGAUGCUGCUUUCAUAAGUGCAUCAGAACCAUAUCUUUACUUACUGGUAAAUGUUAAACCCUUUGGAGAAGCAAGUGAGUGUGAGAGUGAGUGUGAAAACGUUCAACAUGUGGUACCUAGAUCAGAAUUCGGCUUUACAUACAAGACCCCCAGAUUACCUGGUAUUAUUAUGAAUAAGAUGGAAAAAACUUUGAAUUAUGUACAAAGAGCUUUAGGAAAUUUCGGAGAAGAUUGUAUCCAAGCCAGUAAUCAGCCGCCUCGCCCUCCUCUGACAGAUGCAGAGUUUCGCGAAUUUCUAGAUCCCAUUGGACAAAUCACUCAGUCGAAAAAAUUGCGUGCCGCGAUUUAUUUCGGGGGCAUCGAACCUAGUCUAAGAAAGGUGAUUUGGAAGUCACUUCUUAACGUUUACCCAGCGGGAAUGUCAGGACGCGAAAGGAUGGACUACAUGAAGCGGAAGUCUCAGGAGUACACGAGUCUUAGGGACGCGUGGAAAAAUUUAAUGCAGAGCGGUCAGAAUAUCGGCGACUUGGCUUACGUGACGAGUAUGGUGCGCAAGGACGUUUUGAGAACAGAUCGGCAUCAUCCGUUUUAUAGUGGAUCGGACGAUAAUCAAAACACCGCGAGUCUUUUUAACAUUUUGACGACGUAUGCGUUGAAUCACCCCAUCGUUAGCUAUUGUCAAGGAAUGAGCGAUCUCGCCUCGCCGCUUUUGGUAACGAUGUGCGACGAGAGCCAGGCUUACAUUUGUCUUUGCGCACUGAUGUCGCGACUAAAAGACAAUUUUAUGCUCGAUGGGAUCGCUAUGACAACUAAAUUUGCACACUUAUCCGAAGGUCUACAGUAUUACGAUCCCGAAUUUUAUGCCUAUCUUAAAAUGCACCAGGCCGACGAUCUUCUGUUCUGCUACAGAUGGCUGCUUCUAGAAAUGAAACGAGAGUUCGCACUCGAUGAAGCGAUGAGAAUGUUGGAGGUUUUGUGGGCCUCUUUGCCGGCAUCACCACCACCCAAUGGGGAGCUCGGCCUGGCAGACGUGAGGUUUCCACCCCCAACGCCUCCUCCCAGUCCGAACGUUAAGCAAAUUCGAGAAAACGCUUACACCAAAGUCUGCGCUCUCAGACGACAAAGUUCAGCAGCGAGCAUCAGCGGUGCAAGAAAACGAAAUGUUAGCACCGAUGAGCCAAUCAAAGAAAACAGCACGAACGAAGUCUCCAGAAAAAACGAAUUAAGGCCCAUCAGGCAACAGCUACCGGAUCCCGAAAGUGAGUCCCCCGACAAUGUGCGGAACAAAAAAAGUAUUCCUACCGAGAAGUGCCUCAGCGUGGACUCUGCGACUAGUCCAAAUCCAAAUAAACGAUUUACCCCGUUGUUAGAGCUCGAAAAGCGGCUAAGUCCCUCGAACAGCUUGGAUCAGCCGUCUAAAGCUCAAGAGGGCAAGUGCGCCCGGGUUGUUAAAAAUCUCAACGAGUUUCUGAAUUUCACGAGCCUCAACAAGAGCAGGAUAAUGCCAAGUGAUGAUUCCGAGCCUCCAGCUAGAGUGACAAACGAUGCAAAUUCCCCUGAAGAUUUGACCGAUUUCUUUCCCAUGACCACGUCGAUGACGAGAGAGCUGCGUCUGGAGCUCGAAUCACUAGACCGUCAGGUAUUUGGACCUUUACCUCCACUCAACAAUCAAUCCUAUGAUGGUAUAGUGUCCAAGCAAGAAUGUGAAAUGACUGAAUUACCCAAGUAUAGUCCCGCAACGGACGUUUUUAUUUGGGAAAAUCCUUCGCAUACACUACAGAACAAGCAAAAUCCAACUACUCCGGACGAUCUAGCCGACGGGGAAAUUUUAGAAGAUCAAAAUGGAGUCAAGUCCGUUACCCCCAUUCGCUUAUUAAAACGUACAACGAGAUGUGAUGAUAUUUCGGACAGUGAUGGAUCCGAUAGUUGGCCGACACCGACUCCAUCUGUAAUAACGGAUCUGAUAACUCCACCUGUAACUCAGGAGCAGUGCGAAGAGGUAACCGAAUUAACGGCUGGUGACGAUGAUCAUCCUGGUAGCGAUUCGUUACCUCCUCCAAACGAGUUUGGCGGUGGAAAUCCGUUUUUAAUGUUCCUGUGUAUAACUUUGCUGUUGCAACACAGAGAUUUUGUUAUACGCAAUCAAAUGGAUUACAAUGAAAUGGCAAUGCAUUUUGAUAAAAUGGUGCGCCGUCAUAACGUGAAUAAAGUUUUAAAUCAAGCACGGCAGCUGUUUGCGGGAUACUUAAAGAGACAUGCAAAUAAAUCAGAAUUUAUUAACGUGUAGAAAUAUUUCCUAUGGGGGUUUCAAAAAUUCGUUUGAUAAAUUACUCUCACUUAUUUUAUUAAUGAUAAUUUUUUACAAAAAUAUUAUGUGAUUCUUACAUUAGGAAUCAUUUUUAUUGGUAUAUAAACCACGUCGCUUUAUCUACUCUGUGAACCUCUCCCAAGUAGUAUUUUUUGACAAUGUUCUCGUAAAAAUUAAUCUUUUAUAAAUCCUGUACGUCCGUUCAUAUCGUUACUCCAUCCAACUCUACUGAAACUUUGCUUCUACCCUGAAACUAAUCAAUAUUAACACAUUCAACAUUUGAUAAAAAAUAUUUUAAAAUUUCUCCCUCACAGCUUGUAUAUUCCAUAUAUUUCUUUAAACAUUUUUUUUGCCUAUGUACGUUCUAGUACUAUUUCUCCUUUUUUAGUUUCCAACUCAUUACACUGAUAAAAAGUAAUCCGGCAAUCAUUCUCAUCGAUCUAAGGAAAUUUUAAACAACAAUCAGAAUCUGAAAUACCGUUCGUCAAUGUGAAAUUCGAAAUUAGAGGAAUUUGACUACAUUUAAUCCAUUCUUUAUCAAAUGUUUAAUAUAGUAGACAUAAUUAAUUAAGUCUUGGUUGCAACAUUACAGUUGAAGAAAGCUGAUG